AUGGAAGGCGGUGAAAAAAUGAGGGGAAUCUCGGAAAAGGUUAUGGAGGGUGUUGCAUCCUUAGCCCUUUUGCCCAGCGGCUCCAUUUCAGGCCAUUUUGUGCAGCUUCCUCACUCCGUCUGCUAUGGCCUCCAUGGAGUCGAGCUGGAAUGUGAAAGGGAGUGCAGCCGAGGUGAGGAUUACCGCUUGAUCAAACUCACCGUGACAGACUUUAGUAGCAAGAAGGAAAGAGAUAUUGUGGUGGAGUGUAGAGGACAUGAUGCGGCUAAGAUAUGCAGCACUGAUCAUGCUCACGGGUGGCAGAAAGACGUGGUGGGAAUGGUCGAGGAGAAGCACGGGAAAAAUAAGGUUACGGUUUUCUUUGAAUGUGAAACGUUGAAAUCCGAGAAAGCAGCUGAUGACCAUCUACAGAAGUUCAUGCCUAAGUUAGUCGGGAUGGAUGCUGUUGUUAAUAUCGGGCGCAUGGCGAUUGAAGGAUUGGAUUUUGAUGCAGACACUGAACACGAGCGUGUUGAUGAGCAAAGCAGUCAGCUGAAUCACUAA